UAAAGAAAAGAAAAAAAAAUGUUAGAUUCUCAAUCAUCCCUUCACUUCACACCACUGUUGCACAAUUGCUCCCAACAAACAAAUUCUUAAAAAAAGAACUCUCACUAUAAAUAGAGAAAGUAUAUCAUCCUUGUAUUCUUCUCCACCUUCCCUCUCCCUUCUUCAUCAAACCUUCCUUCACACAAUCUCUCUCUCUCAUGAUGAGCCAUUCCCGCUCUCCCUCCACCUCCGUCGCCGGAUUCCUCAGCUUCUUGUCGGAGCAACUCGACAAUCUCGAUCACCUCUUUCUCUCCCACAACUUCAUGUCCGCUGCCUUCCUCCACCACGUCCUCUCCACGCUCCGAUCCUUCCACUCCCACCUCAUCUCAUUGCUCCACAAGCUCCACCUCCCCCUCGGUGACAAAUGGCUCGACGAAUACAUGGACGAAACCUCCCGCCUUUGGGACGCCUGCCACCUCAUCAAAUCCGCCGUCUCCGCCUUGGAAAACUACUAUUCCCCCGCCUCCACCGCCGCCUCCUUGCUCCGCGGCCCCCACCCCCCCACCCCCCACCUCUGCACCCAGGUUAUUAGGGCAAUCAGAGGAUGUGAGAGGGAGUUGACCGCAAUACAGCACGAGAACAGAAGCAUGGCAGAGAUCAAAAUCCACACAUUAUCGUUAAAAUUCAAGGACAGCGUUGCGUCCAAACGAUACAACGGCUUCAGAGAGGCGUUACACGCGAUGAGGCACGUGAGCACGUUGCUUCUGUUGAUCCUCGUGAGCGGUUUAGUCUACUGCUGGCCGGAUACGAGUUUCUACCAAGGCGAGUGCGACGAGUCCUAUGCUCUCGCGGCCUCGGCUGCAAACCUGCAUCAGAGGGUGGCGAGCGCGGUGGGGCACCAUCACCACGAGCCCGGGAUCAUGCUCUACGAGCUGAGGAGGUCGGCUUUCGUGAUGGAAGAGCUCAGGGCGGAGAUCGAGGGCGCGGAGGCCGAGGUUGGUGAGAAGGUGGAGAGUUUGAAGAGCUCUGUUGAAGCCUUGCAGUGUGGGGCUGAGGGGAUAAUUGGACAGCUUGAUGAUUUCUUUGAUGAGAUUGUUGAAGGGAGGAAGACACUUUUGAACAUGUGUUCACAUAGAUAGUUAGAGAAAGAAGUUUUUUACUAUUUUAUGAAAACUUUUUUUUUUUUAUAAAUUAAAUCUUUUGAUGGAAGCUAUUAUGCUUAAUAGAUCAAAAGGAAAGAAAAUCUUCAAGGGAAAGAAUGUGAUUCUGUGUUUCAAUAAAAUAUAUAAAGCAUUGCCAAAUUGGGGGAAGUAACAGUAUGUGAAUUAAGACCAA